GCGCACCGCGGCGCACCGCCGCUUCCGGCUUCCGCGCGGCCGCCGAGCCAGAGUAAACAUGCCUAAAAAGAAGACGGGUGCUCGUAAGAAAGCCGAGAACCGUCGGGAGCGUGAGAAGCAGAUCAGGGCUUCACGAGCCAACAUAGACCUAGCCAAACACCCUUGCAAUGCUUCAAUGGAAUGUGAUAAGUGCCAAAGACGACAGAAGAAUAGAGCUUUUUGUUACUUCUGUAAUUCUGUUCAGAAAUUGCCCAUUUGUGCACAAUGUGGAAAAACCAAAUGCAUGAUGAAGUCUUCUGACUGUGUUAUAAAACAUGCUGGUGUGUACAGUACUGGACUAGCUAUGGUGGGUGCAAUCUGUGAUUUCUGUGAAGCCUGGGUGUGUCACGGGAGGAAGUGUCUCAGCACCCACGCGUGCAUGUGCCCUCUGGCAGAUGCAGAAUGCGUUGAGUGUGAAAGAAGUGUCUGGGACCAUGGAGGCAGAAUAUUCACCUGCUCUUUUUGCCAUGAUUUCCUCUGUGAAGAUGAUCAGUUUGAACAUCAAGCCAGCUGCCAAGUUCUGGAAGCAGAGACAUUUAAAUGUGUCUCCUGUAACAGGCUGGGGCAGCAUUCCUGCCUGCGUUGCAAGGCUUGUUUUUGUGACGAUCACGUGCGAAGUAAGGUUUUCAAGCAGGAAAAGGGGAAAAAGCCUCCUUGCCCUAAGUGUGGCCAUGAAACUCAUCAGACAAAGGAUCUGAGCAUGUCAACACGUCCAUUGAAAUUUGGCCGACAGACUGGAGGAGAAGAUGCAGAUGGAGCUUCUGGUUAUGAUGCCUACUGGAAAAACCUUUCCUCCAGCAAGGCUGGGGAGGCAGGUGACCGUGAGGAUGAAUAUGAUGAGUAUGAAGCAGAGGAUGAUGAUGAAGAUGACAAUGAUGAGCGAGGGAAGGAUUCAGAUUCUGAGACCACGGAUGUAUUCAGCAAUUUGAAUUUAGGAAGGACCUAUGCUAGUGGCUAUGCACAUUAUGAGGAAUCAGAAGAUUAAGCUUAGUGUGCUGGCUUUGGCGGAGCCAAGCAAUGCUUCACUGAGUUGUGUACAUGCUAGUAGGAUAGCUCUAUCAGGUACUUAGGUAUCAGAGUUAGAGAGCAAAGAAUGUGGGACUUCUGCAGUAACUCCAAAGGACAUUUUUCCUGUAGAUGAACUGAUGUUAGGUUGGGGACUGGGGGAGAAAAUCAAGAUUUUUUUUUCCCCUGAAACAACAGAAUGGUUUUGUCCUUGAGUUACUGAGUAUAAUGGUUCAAUACCAUUUCCUCCUAUCAACACAGGAGUGUGGGAAAGCUGUAGCUGUUGCUUCCAUUUGCCCAUCAGAAACUAAGUUAUUUUUUACAAUAAUUUUGUUAACUGAUUUCAUACAUUAUGCAGUGGUGGGUUGGUGACUGCAUUUUUUUUUGGUCUGCACAAUAAAAGUCAACUGC